CCUGAUAACGGGGGGUAUUAAAGCCGGACGGGUGAGGCGACCCAUCACUGUCACAAUGCUGAAGCUUCUCAUCACCGUACUGCUGGCGGCUGGAGCCUUGGGGUGCGGAGUGCCCACCUAUGCCCCCAACAGCCGCGUGGUGAAUGGUGAAGAUGCCAGACCUCAUAGCUGGCCCUGGCAGAUCUCUCUGCAGUAUCAGGGCGGAGCUGAUACUGCAUCCCAUCCCGCAUCCCGCAUCCCACUACGAAGUGAAUCCGGCCGGACCUAUCAGGUGGUUCUGGGAGAACACGACCGUGGCACCCCGGAGGGGAGGGAGCAGAUCGUCCCCGUCAACAAGGGAGACAUCUUCGUCCACGAGGGCUGGAAGAGCUCCUCCGUGUCCAAUGGGAAUGACAUCGCGCUCAUCAAAUUGUCUCGCGUCGCUUUGCUGACCGAUGAGGUGCAACUGGCGUGUUUACCCCCCGCCGGGGAGCUCCUCCCCAACCAGCAUCCCUGCUACAUCAGUGGCUGGGGCCGCCUCACCA